CCUCCUCCUGCUCCUCGCGCGAGCGAGUCCAGCUCGUGCACUCGGGCUAAUGGAGCUGAAACAUUAGAGCUCUAUUGUAUGAGAGAGGGGAAAUAGAGAGAGAGAGAGAUAUAGAAGAAUAGAACGAGAAAAAGAGAGAGCAUGCUGUGACUUGUUUCUUUCUUUCCCUCUCUCUCUCUCUGAGUCCGGCUGCUGAAGCCUUUGCUGUCCUCGUCGUCUUUUAUUAUUUAAGGUCUUUAUUUUAAGCUAAUGUUCAGCAGACGUGUUUUAAAAACAGGAGGAGAGGGAGGAGGUGGAGGAGAGGAGGGGUAGACAGCGUGUUCUCGCUGCCUCGUUAUCUGUGACUUGGGGCUGUGCAAGAAGUGUGAGUGUGUGUAAGAGUGUGUAAGAGUGUGUGUAGCUAUCUAUCUCCCCCCUCUCACUGAGUGUGUUGCUGCCGAACAGCAUGGUCAUGGCUGACUGUCACCAGAAAGCAGGGCUCCGGGCUCCGGUCCGGGUGGGCUUCUACGAUAUCGAGCGCACUCUGGGCAAGGGCAACUUCGCCGUGGUGAAGCUCGCGAGACACCGGAUCACCAAGACCGAGGUGGCCAUAAAGAUCAUAGACAAGACCCAGCUGGACUCGGUGAACCUGGAGAAGAUCUACCGGGAGGUGAAGAUCAUGAAGAUGCUGGACCACCCUCAUAUCAUUAAGCUGUAUCAGGUCAUGGAGACCAAGAACAUGCUCUACCUUGUGACGGAGUACGCCAAGAACGGGGAGAUUUUUGAUUACCUGGCGAAGCACGGCCGACUGAGUGAGCCUGAAGCUCGGCGGAAGUUCUGGCAGAUUCUGUCAGCGGUAGAGUACUGCCAUAACCGCAACGUUGUUCACCGAGACCUGAAGGCUGAGAACCUGCUGCUGGAUGGACACAUGAACAUCAAAAUUGCAGAUUUCGGCUUUGCGAACUUCUUCCGCACAGGAGAGCCGUUGGCCACGUGGUGCGGCAGCCCACCGUACGCCGCCCCCGAAGUGUUCGAGGGGCAGCAGUAUGAAGGACCACAGCUCGAUAUCUGGAGCAUGGGGGUGGUCCUGUACGUGCUGGUGUGUGGCGCCUUGCCUUUCGAUGGUCCCUCUCUACCCGUUCUGAGGCAGCGAGUGCUGGAGGGCCGCUUCCGAAUCCCGUACUUCAUGACUGAAGACUGUGAGCACCUGAUCAGACGGAUGCUGGUGCUGGACCCGUCUAAACGUCUGUCUGUGGCUCAGAUAAAGGAGCACAAGUGGAUGGUGCUGGACGUUCCUGUGCAGAGGCCUCUGCUGUACCCACAGACGGGUCAGGCGGAGGGUGAGACGGGUCUGGGAGAAUACAGCGAGCAGGUGCUGAGACUAAUGCACAGCCUGGGCAUCGACCAGCACAAGACUAUAGAGUCUCUUCAGAAUAAGAGCUAUAACCACUUUGCUGCUAUCUACUACCUGCUUGUGGAGAGACUGAAGGCGCACCGUUGCAGUUUCCCUGUGGAGCCACGUCUUGAUGCCCGACAGCGAAGACCAAGCACAAUUGCUGAACAGACCAUGGUGAAGUCGAGCAGCGGCGCUCCUCAGGUGAGCCUCCUCUCUCAGAACGUGCGACUGCUGCGUUCCCCAGGUGUACCCCAGGCCUCCGCUGAUUCCUACGCCUUCCCACAAUCCCCCUGUGCUCCGGAGCACAGCCUGAUGGAGGAGGAGGUGGGAACUCCCAAAGUGGACGGCUGCAUGCUGGAUCCUCUCCCUCCUGUGGCAGUGCGUAAAUCCAGCACUUCAUCUCCCAGCAAUAUGAUGGAGAUGUCGAUUGACGAGGGCAUAGAGACAGAGGAGCCUGACGCAGAGGAGGAUCACGCCCACAUGUUUAACGCCUAUCAGACACGUUUUAGCCAGCGGAGACACACCCUCUCAGAGGUCACCAACCAACCAGGAGUCCUCACUAGUGCAGGGAAGCUGUUCAGUCUGGGUCACAACCCGUCCCUGGGCAGCGUGGACUCUGAAUAUGACAUGGGAUCCAUGCACAGUGAUCUGAGCCUGCUGGAGGACACGUCGUCUCUAAAUGAGGCCGUCUUGGCAAACACGCCCAUCAGCCGGGUGACUCCGCCUUUCGCACGGCCGGCGAACCCCGCCAUGCAGGCGCUGAGCUCACAGAGGAGAGAAGCUCACAAUCGCUCGCCUGUCAGCUUCCGCGAGGGCCGUCGAGCAUCAGACACCUCCCUCACACAAGGCCUGGUGGCUUUCCGGCAGCACUUGCAGAACCUGGCUCGGACCAAAGGCAUCCUGGAGCUCAACAAGGUCUACGAACAGAUGGGCUCUGGGGAGAACCCUUCUUUAGGACCUCUGAGCCCCCAGACACACCCACAUGACCUGCUGGACCCCUUGCUUCAGGGAGAUGGAGCCCAUCAGCACGGAUUAGCCCUGUACUCGGGUGGACCUCAGCCGAUGCUGUCCAGGAGACAGAGUCUGGAGCCUCAGUACCCCACACACAGAAUCUCGAAACCUAGUAUGAUGGCCAGCCCCAGCAGUUGCCAGAUGUUCUGUAAAGAGAUUCCACGCAGCCUAGAACAACAGCUGGCUGAACACAGGUUGCAGCAGAAGAGGCUGUAUCUUCAGAAGCAGUCGCAGAUGCAGGCCUAUUUUAACCAGAUGCACAUAGUGGAGGAUCCGUACAGCGGCUGCUCUACCAUGAGCAGCCAGGACUCUGCAGCAGCUCCUCCUCAGGUCCAGGGCUCUAUAGCCCCAGUGCUCCAGCAGCAGAGCCCCCAAGCCUCAGCAUCAUAUCCCUCACAUCCUCAAGCCUAUAACCCUCUGAUGGAGCCGUAUCUGGGCCACUACCCACACCUGCAGCCUUCUGCCCUGCACCACAGCCUGCAGGGUCAGCUCCAGGGCCAGCAGCCGGAUACCCUCAGCUACGGCUACCCACCCCAGGAGCCUAGAGCACCAUGCGCCGUGGGGGACAGUAUCCUGUAUCAGGAGCAAUACAGUCACCCGCUGGACCCUGGGCAGCCCCCUCCUCCGGGUGCAGUGGCAGGAGCUCCUCCUGCGUCCGGGUACGAAGGCCUGGCCAUAGCCGACCCCUUUCUUGACGGGGAGAUGAUGGAGACGGUGGACUCCCAAUCUGGCUUUGUGCUGGUGAAUUGAGCGCAGGCAUUCGAGGCAAACAACAGUAUUAAUUAACCUUGAGAUCUGCUUUGCUGCUGGCGAAUGGGAGAAUAGAGGAGGAGAUACAGGUACGGGGAUGGACCAAGCAUUUGUGCAAAGAAGAAACUUUCAGAUGCGAAAGAAGAAACUUUCAGAUGCGAAAAGAUAACGAGGGCGUUAUUUCUUUUCCGUUUUUUAUUUCGUUUUCUCAUCCAGUCUCCUCCCUACCUCCCUUUUCGUUCUCCGGUGCCUGCAGCAAUAAUGCAUUUGCUGCUGGUUCUCCCCGGAGAAGGAGUCUGAAGUCUGGCAGAAGGCCACUUUUGAGGAAGCUCUGUAUAAGUGGAAGUGGAAGCUCUUCUCCUGAGCGUAGCACCUGAGCCACGUCAGUCAGAGCUCUGGAUGUUUUCCGUAGCAAACAGAGACGUUCCCAGUGCCCAGAGACGUGUGGCCGGGAGCCGAGACCACAAACGUGACUGGUUUUGUUUUAGAACAGGACUUUGUCUUGGCUCCCAGCAGUUUUUGAACUUGUGAACACCUUUGAACACUUGUGAACACUUUAGAACAUUUCAAACAGGACGAUACAGGACGUAUUCAGAUUGCACGCUUGUGAAGUGCAGUGUUAGUAAAAAUAGACAAAUAAAUAAAAAAAAUUAUAUGGCAAUACUGAAGCAAUAUAAUCAAGCUGGGACUGAACAAAGCCAUAAACAGGACAGGACAAGGUCCAGCUCCACCAAUCCCACAGUCCGUGAGAAAAAAAAAAAAACACGUUCGUCUGGCCUUCAACUGUAGUAUUGUUACUUGCUCACUGUGUCCGUGGCAUGAACUCUGAACUCUGUUCAUGAACAACUGUUUCAUGCAGCGAAGAAGAAGUGACGUGGAGUGAAUCACAGCAUUCCCACAUUCACAUUCUCUUCUCACACUGAUUAAGCAGGGAGGAGCUGAUCUGUUGUCCAGAUGAUGACAUCAUCAUCAUCAUCAUUAUCUUGAUGAGAUCAGCCUCCCGGGGGUCAAUAUUGGAAAUAAUAUGGUGGAAUUUAAAUUAUUCUCAACACUAAAUGGGUUUUUUGGCGGAAUCUGCAGAUUUUUAAUUUUUUUUUUUUUUUUUUUAAGGAAAUUUCAACGAUUGAAAGUUUAGUCAGUCAACACUGGAAUGAAUGCAGCCAACUGAUCACGUUACUCUUACACUAUUUCUUACACACUCUUACAUCAGUAAAUGAUUAAAAAAAUAGAGAGGAAUAAAGAAGACGGGGUUCUACUUAAGCACUACUUAACAAAUCUUGUUUUUUUUUUCUUACAAAAAAAAAAAAACUUGAAUAGGGUUUUUGAUCACAAUGAAAUUUCUGGUUAAUAAUAAUUAUCGCAGAUGAUUAUUAUUAUUGAUAAUUGCUUGAGAAAGUGUUGUAAAAGUGAAAUAAGGCUGAAAUGGCUUUGCAGGACUCCUGGCAAACAUAAAAAAAAAUACUGGAGCACUUUUUCUUUUCUCUUUUCUCUUUUCUCUUUUCUCUUUUCUGUCUGGAAGAAGCGAAAGGAAUCGUAGUGAAAGUGGAAUUAGCAGUCGGGCGAGUCCAGCCUGCUCUGCUAGUUCUGUCAACUUAAACCAAGAGACGAGACAAAUCCUGCUCUCCCUAGUUCUGCACACAAGCUGCUCUCUCUCUCUCUCUCUCUCUCUCUCUCUCUCUCUCUCUCUCUCUCUCUCUCUCUCUCUCUCUCUCUCUCUCUCUCUCUCUCUCUCUCUUUCUUUCUCUCCAAGGACACGCGAGAGUCCCACGUGAGUCCCACGUGAGUCCCGCGCGAGAGUCUCACUGGUCUCAGUGAUUGUCGUAUGUGCUUUGUAUAAAUUAGGGUUUAGAUAUGUUUAUUGGAAGUGCUUUCAAGAUGCAAGGAAUCAUCAUUUUCAGUGUGAUAGUGUUCAGUGUGCCUUUUCUUUCUUUAUUUCUUAUUUUUUUAUUUUUAAUUAAGACCUGAAUAACUUGUUUAACAAAUUGAUUCUGUUUCUGGUUUGGUAUACCUUACAGGAUAUAAGUAGACCCAGGUUUUACGAAAAGGUACAAAACCAAAGUCCUCUCCGAAGUUUCCCUGUACAACCCCACCGUGUGGAGUUUGGAGCUUCUCGGUUAGUUUCAGAAAUAGUGCUUUUUUCAAUCAGUAUAUGAUGUUGAAAAGUAUUAAUAGCAAUAUUUGUUAUGAAUAGUUAUUAAAAAAAAAGAAUCAUGAUGAAUGUGUGACAGUAUCAUAAUCUCUCCUUCAGCUGCCAAACACCAUUCUUUAGAAAUCCAAUUCUACAUUUACCCUCAUUGAUGUGACCACACAUAAGCUAACUUUGCUGUUGAGAUUAAAAAAAAAAAGUUUAUUGAACAAAA